GCUGCCGCCCUUUUCCUUGCGGAGUGGGACCCGGACCAGCUGCCAGACCUCCGUGCCUGCAAUGCUUGUGCUCAGACCUUUGCUCGCAGUGGUCGCUGGGAGGAGAUCAUUCAGCUGUUCGCGUGCAUGGAUCGCGCCAGCUUGUCGCCUGAUGCGAUCACUGCAACGGCCGCAGUAGGUGCUCUCGGAAAAUCUGCGAGGUGGCAGUUGGCAUUCUGGCUUCUCGACGACCUGCAGCGGGGUCGCCUUGCCACAGAUUCCUGGCUUCUGGCCGCAGCUUCGGCAGCUGCCGCAGCUUCCGGUGCCUGGGAGGCUUCCUUGAUCUUUAUCGACGAAAGUGCCGAAGUCGUUACGUACAGUUCAGUCAUCACCGCUUGUGAGCGAGGGGGUCAGUGGCAGCGAGCACUGCUUCUUUUCCAUCAGAUGAAGGUCGAGGGCGUGGAGGCAAAUGUCGUCACCUACAAUACUGCCAUGACGGCCUGCGAGAGGGGCAGUCAUUGGCCCGGCUCUCUGGAGCUGUUUGAAGAAAUGGAGGAGCACAAGCUCUUGCCCACCGUAGUGUCCUUUGGAGCUGCCAUCAAUGCUUGUGGCCAGGGGCAGUCCUGGGAGAGAGUCCUCGCCUUCCUCGCGAAGAUGCGAGCCAGCGACCUUCGAGCGAAUCGUGUCAUUUACACCGGAUCCAUGGAUGCCUUGAGCUCUGCAAGUCAGUGGCAGCUGGCUCUGCUUCUGUGGGAUGAUCUCCGCAACGACCCUGGUAAUCAGAUUGAUGCCGCCUCUUUCAGCAUUGCCAUGGGUGCUUGGGCUUGCGGCGCGCACUGGCAGCAGGCUCUAUCGCUGCUGCAUGUGCUGGAUACUCGCGGAGGGAUCGAUGCCGCAGCGCAGGUCUCGGCUCUGGGUGCGUUGGCAGCUGCUCAGCAGUGGGAGGUGUCGGUGUGCUUGCUGUGCAAUGUGGAGAAGCCGCCGGGGGCGGCGGUGGUAGCAGCUGCCGGGCUGAGUGCUGUAGCGGCCGCGCAGAGAUGGGAGGUGGUGCUGCGGUUACUGGAGGACGAGACACUCCAGUGUGCAGAUGAUGCCGUUGCAUACGGUGUGGCCAUGACAUGCUGCGGUCGCGCAGGUAGAUGGGAAUGGUCUCUCGAGCUCCUCCGACGUCUCAAGGUGGCAAGCAUUCGGUCAAACACCGUGAUCUUCAAUGCGGCGAUCGCUAGCUGCGAUGCCAGCGCAGAGUGGCAGCGAGCGCUUUCAAUGCUGGAAGACAUGAGACAUGCGAAAGUCGCGGCCGAUGUGGUGAGCUACGGUGCCGCCAUCAGUGCAUGCGAGAAGUGCAAGAAGUGGCGACACGGCCUGGCACUUCUGGAUGAACUGCGUGGACAAGGCUCGACAGCCUAUGCCAGAUCUGGCGGCCAACGUGGUGGCCCUGAGCGCGGCCAUCGGCUCAUGCGGCGAGGCCCAGUGGAGGCGCACCCUCGUGCUUCUCAAGGCAAUGCGGGAGGAGCAGUUGCAGCCGAACGAAGUUACUUUCACCUCGAUCGUCUCAGCCUGUGCCGGCGCGUUGCGUUGGGAGGUGGCGGUGAAUAUGCUCACAGAGAUGAAUUGCCGUGGCAUCAGCCGAGGCGUGGUGGCGUCGUCUCGAGUCCUGGCACCUUGUCCUUGUUCAUGUGGCCACGGCUGCUGCCUGUCUGUAGGAUGCUCUGGAGCAAGCUGCAGCUGUACCGGCGGCACCUUCGCUUCAUUGGUGUUUUGAUGCUGGAGGCUGUCAUGGGAAUGUCAUCGGUGUUUCUCUACUUGAGCUGCCUAUGCCUGUUUUUCAUGGGGCAGAAAGACGUCUCUCGACCCUACAACAUGAUAGCCUGCUUGGUGACCUUCAUUGCGGGCUCUGCCUACCUGGGCAUGUCCUCGGGACUCUUCGUACAUGUGGUGGAUGGCAGGCACGUCUACUGCCUUCGGUAUGUGGACUGGUGCUUUACAACUGCUUUAAUGCUAUUGGACCUGGCGCUUAUGCGAGGUGCCGACAUGAAGGCGACUGCUGCAUUGAUCGGCAUCGACAUUGCCAUGAUUUUGAUGGCGCUGAUGGCCGCUCUCAGCACAUCGAACGCAGGAAAAUGGUGCUUUUUUGGAAUGGGCACCGUCUGCUUCGCCGGCAUGGUCGCCUUUCUCUUCACCGUGCUCCAGCGCGCAGCUGAGGAGCGAGGUGGAGAGGCAGAAGGGAAGUUCAAAUUUGUGGCCUCCCGGACCAUUGAGCUUUGGUGUCUGUAUCCCGUGAUUUUUGCUCUGGGCGAGCUGACCCAUACCAUUCCCGAAGAACUGGAAGUCGUCGGCUACUCUGUGGCCGACGUUUUGGCAAAGUCGGGCAUACCGAUGAUGAUUUGGAUAUGGUCACUCUUCGAAACCAAGGCAACGAGCUUGCCGACGAUUCUCGAGAAUGAGAAGGAGACCCUGGCUGCAGUCCAAGGGUGA